CGUGCGUUCGAAAAUCGUAUUCUUUUCAACUUCCAUCAAAAAAGUCCUCUUUUUAUUGAACUGUCAAGCGAAGUGCUGAGCUUGCAUCAUGUGAUGAAAAAAAACCGUGAUUUUAGUUAAUAAUCCUUGGUUUAAAGCUGUAAUUAUACGUGUUAAUUAAACGAGAAUAUCCAUGCUUACGCCUGAAAUACUAAACAGCUGCUUUAAUUACGGGAAAAUGGUGUAAAUCGUGCAUUUCUUUGACACUCUCAUCCACGUGGUGGUCGUGAAUGUCAGUUGCGGUCGACGUGUUAAUUUCGUGCUUUACAACUUUUUUACUGAAACUGGACCGUAUAGAGGAUUUUAUCUAAAUAAUGGAGACCAGCAUGUCGAGACUCAACUUGUCCAGCGUCAGGAGCCAGGCCCCGACAGAUGCCACGGGCAUGACUGACACAACAGCUGAUUCGAUUGUGGAAGCCACUACGAAUAGCCUCACCAACUCCGAUGAUGAUUGCAACUGUGAAUACAAAGAUGACAUUUGGAACCAUUUACUGGAACAGGAAGCUGAAAAGCCAACAUUACACCUUCAAUCACCCCAGCUAGAGUUCCGCGGCGCCCUAGUCCAGCAGCUCCGGGAUGUCUCCAAGAAGCUGGGUCUGAGCGUGGGAACCCUCCACUCUGCUGUGCAUCUACUCGACCUCUUCAUGGACGCUCACCGGCUGCGCGCCGACCGACUCACGCAUGUGGCGCUGGCCUGCCUGAGCUUAGCUGCUAAAAGCGAAGAGAAGCUCAGCCGCGCGCCCACGCUGAAGACGCUCAGCCGGGCGAGCGGCGCGGAGCUGUGCGGGGCCACGCUCCGGCAGCUCGAGUGGAUGGUGGGCCAGCACGCGCGCUGGAGGCUGCUCACGCCCACCCCCGUGAGUUUCGCAUCGCUCCUAGCCCAGUACGUGGUGACGGACGCCGACCUCACGACCAGACAUCCCAAGUUCGUGCGCCGGUUCAAACGAGACGGGGCAAGGCUGCUUGAAGCUUAUCUCGACUUGACCCUGUCUGACGUGCGUCUCAAGCUGGUGUCGAGCGUGGCGGUGGGCGCGGCGUGCGUGGCGUGUGCCCGCGCCGAGCUCGGCCUCCGUGCGUGCCCCGCGGCCCUGCCGCCGCGCGCGCGGGCUCAGCCGCUGGUGCCUGUCGCGAGACUGCUGCAGCGGAUGAUGCAGAUAGUGAAGUCUCGUGAAAGUGCAACGGAUAGCUCUGAAGCGGACCAGGGGUAUGGCAGUGCCCGGACGUCCCCUAGCCUCACCCCGUGUGCCUCCCCGCGCCUCCACAUCUCCCCGGCCUCCAGCUCAUGUAGCUCCUCGUCCCGCAGCCACCUCAACGUAGACUCAUCAUACCGACACAACCCCAUCCCGGAACGAAGAGAAAACAACGAAUACUCCAUACUCGACCUAGCUAAUAACACAACCAACACCGAACAGCCAUACACUCUACCUCAGGCCAUAGACAUAAACUGCCAACGGGUUGAUAACCCAACAGAUUUCAAGUACAGUAGGGCUCGUAGACUAAUUGAAGCUAGUUUUGGAACGGUUGAACCGUCCACUAGUAAGGCUGUGAAACGUGGCUUGGACAGUAGCGUUGAAAUGGACCAGAAACGGUACCGUUUGACCACUCAAAUGUCUCAGGUAGUUAUAUGACUUAGGCUGUUCUGUAUCUAGUCUUUAUUUAAUAUUGUUUGGUAAUGAUACGUCGAGUGAACUGUAUUUAAAUGUGUGUAAGUUUCAGAAAUUAUUUAUUCCAAAGAGCGUCUAGUGAUGACAAUAAUAAGUUAAAUACGUAAUAUGGUUCACUCGAAGUAUUUAAGUGUUUAGGGCAAAUUAUUUUGAUUGUUGUUACAAUCCAAAUGGUUUGUGGUUUUUUUAUGUUUCUCAAGUGUAAGUAGGUACUUAACUAAAUUUUAAUACGCUUCUUCGUUCAUAAACUAUCUCUUCUUAUAUGACUGCCAAAAUUGUAAAACGUACUUAGUUAGGCAUUUAAAAAAUGAAAGACUCGCACGUUUGAGAAGUAUAAUAUCAUAGGGAAAGUAUACAUAUUUAUUCCAAGUAAACGCUGUAUUGUAUAACAGCUAUUAUAUUGUCAUAAUUACCCAACUGCCUUAAAAUUAUAAGCACGAUGUUAAAAUUCAACUGUCAACUUGCACAAUAAUAUGAUGAGUAUGUGUGCUAUAACAUCAAUUCAUAAAAUCAUAAAUAUAAUACAAAAUAUUAUAUACUCAUUAUAUAAAAGAAAAAUAUACAAGCAAUUUAAAUAUUGUGCAAGAUGGCAUAAUAUUAAUAUAUUUAAAAACGUAAGUACUGUAGCAAAAUUAUAAAAUGUUAUUUUUAUACGGAAAAAGCUUAGGUAGGUUAGUUAGGAACGAAUUAAUAAAAUGUAGGGUAAACUUAACAGUGGAGGGCCCUAUAAUAAAAAUGAACAAUUAUUUAUGUCCCAGAUCUCUUUCAGUCCUUUGCAGCCUACAUAGGCCAGCUGUCUAGUUUACCCUAUAAU